GUUUAGGCGCCAUUUACAAGUUGGAGUUUUCAACCAAGACAGCGACGCGGAAUCACACGGGGCUACAUUUUGUGGAUUAUAUUAGCCAAAUCUUGGAUUAACGAAUACUUUUUUUCGAAAUCGCAAAUUGGAGCAUAACGAACGACUCUCGACAGACUGCCUAUAUUGUGGAAGGUAGAUUGAAAUAACAUUUUAGACCUAAAUUUCAAAUCAUGCCAUCUAAAACUGCAAAGGGCUCAACCGCCAAGCCCAAAGAGAAAGGGUCGCAGCCCCGGGAUGACUCCGGGGACGAGCUGGAUGAACCCCCCCAAGAAACCAACUCCAAUGGCCAAGAGGAGGCACCGCCGAAAACUGAUGCAGUGGUUGAUAAUCGAAGUUUGGAGGAGAUUCUCGGUAGCAUCCCUCCACCCCCGCCCCCAGCAAUGACCAAUGAGCCCGGUGCUCCUCGUCUGAUGAUAACACAUUUAGUCAAUCGCAAUUUUAAAUCGUAUGCAGGCGAGCAGAUUCUGGGGCCUUUCCACAAGCGCUUUUCAUGCAUCAUUGGUCCAAAUGGGAGUGGGAAGUCCAAUGUGAUAGAUUCAAUGCUCUUUGUGUUUGGAUACCGAGCUCAAAAGAUCAGAUCCAAAAAGCUCUCGGUGCUGAUUCACAGCUCUGAUAAACAUAAGGAUGUGCAAAGCUGUACUGUGGAGGUGCAUUUUCAAAAGAUUAUUGAUAAGGAAGGAGAUGACUACGAAGUCAUCCCAAACAGCAAGUUCUACGUUUCCAGGACUGCAAACAAGGAUAAUUCUUCAUCCUACUAUAUCAAUGGCAAUAAAGCCAAAUUCAAAGAAGUGGGGGCUUUACUCCGAAGCCAUGGCAUUGACCUCGACCACAACAGAUUUCUGAUCUUACAGGGCGAGGUGGAGCAGAUUGCCAUGAUGAAGCCCAAAGGUCACACGGAGCAUGACGAGGGCAUGCUGGAGUACCUGGAGGACAUCAUCGGCUGCUGCCGCCUCAAGGAGCCGAUCCUCAACAUGGCGCGCCGCAUCGAGCUCCUCAAUGAGCAGCGGGGCGAGAAGCUAAACCGAGUAAAGCAUGUGGAAAAGGAGAAGAAUUCUUUGGAGGGCGAAAGGAACAAAGCUGUGGAGUUCCUCACCCUGGAAAAUGACAUCUUCAAACACAAGAGUCGACUCUGCCAAUAUUAUGUUCAGGAUCUGCAGAAGCGUGUUGUCGAUAAAGAGCAGGAGAAGCAGAAGAUCUUGGAGGACACCAAAGAACUCACUGAGAAAACUGCCAAGAUAUCACAAGAGACGGAGAAAAUGAACCAAGAGAUCAGAGAUGUGGAGAAAAAACAAAAUAAGCUCAACAAGUACAUCGAGGCCCAGAAGGAGAAGUUCACCCAGCUGGACCUGCAGGACGUAGAAGUGCGAGAGAAGAUUAAGCAUUCCAAGAGCAAGAGCAAGAAACUGCAGAAGCAGCUGGAAAAGGACAAAGAGAAGCUGGAGGAGGUGCGCGGCGUGCCAGCCAGCAGUGAGAAGGCCAUCUCUGAGGCGACAGCUUGCAAGGAAGAGCUGGAGAAGCAGAAGGUGAAGCAGGAGAAGAAGCUUGAGGAGGUGAUGGAGAGUCUGAAGGAAGAGACCAGCGGCUUGCAGCAGGACAAAGAGACCAAAGAGAAGGAGCUGAUGGAGCUCAGCAAGGCCGUGAACGAGACCCGGUCUCGUACGGACUUGGCUCAGUCGGAGCUGGACAUCUACCUGAGCCGCCACAACACGGCUCUGACGCAGCUCAACACGGCCAAGCAGACGCUUCAGACGACGUCCGACACGCUGCGUGAGCGCCGCGCGGCCAUCAAAGACCUGGAAGUCAAAAUACCCCAGAAUGCACAGGAGCUCAAAAAGGAUGAAGGAGCCCUGGAGCAGCUGACGAAGACGGACAGUGAGACUCGGGAAGUGGUGAGGGAAAUGAGGCAGAAGGUGGAUGAAGCCAAAAGCUCUCGGUCCUCCAACCGCAGUCGAGGAAGGGUCCUGGACGCCCUCAUGCAGCAGAAGACGAGUGGCAGAAUCCCGGGCAUCUUUGGAAGAUUGGGAGACCUUGGAGCCAUCGAUGAGAUGUAUGACGUGGCCAUUUCCUCUUGUUGUGGCGCCCUGGACAACAUCGUCGUGGAUACCAUUGACACAGCCCAGAAAUGUGUCAUGUUCCUCAAAGAGCAAAACGUUGGCUUCGCCACCUUCAUUGGUCUUGACAAGAUGACGGUGUGGGAGAGUAACAUGGCUCCCAUUCGCACUCCAGAGAACAGCCCUCGUCUCUUCGACAUGGUGCGUGUGAAGGAUGAGGGCUUGCGACCAGUUUUCUACUUUGCCCUAAGGGACACGUUGGUGGCCCAGGACAUGGAGCAGGCCACAAGGAUGGCCUUCCAAAAAGACAGGCGCUGGAGAGUGGUCACCCUGAAGGGUCAGAUCAUCGAGAUGGCCGGAACCAUGACUGGAGGAGGAAGAGCAAUGAAGGGCAGAAUGGGCUCCUCGAUUGGUCCCGAGGUCUCCCAGGAGGAGCUUGACCGUAUGGAGAGCACGCUGAAUGAGAAAGUGUCGAAGCUGCAGGACUACCAGCAGAAGAAGUUGCAGCUGGAAGAGAAUGUCCAGGGCCUGCGGCCACAGCUCCGGGAUAUGAAGAACACCCUGGAAAAAUACGCCAACAGCUUGACCAGUCUCGCUGAUCAGGAGGCUCACUUGAAGCGUCAGAUCAAGGAGCUCGAGGCCAACGUGCUGGCGGCGGCCCCCGACAAGGCCAAGCAGAAACAGAAGGAGGAGAGUCUGAAUGAAUUCAAGAAAGACUAUGACGCCGCCUCCAGCCGGGCGGGGAAGGUGGAGGAUGAGGUGAAGCGGCUCCACAACCUGAUCGUCGACAUCAACAGCCACAAGCUAAAGGCUCAGCAGGACAAGCUCGAUAAGGUCAACAAGGAGCUGGACGACUGCUCCUCCGCCAUAACCAAGGCCAACGUGGCCAUAAAGACGGCCGACCGCAACCUGAAGAAGUGUGAGGAGAGCGUGGGCCGUGUGCAGACGGAGCAGGAGGAGAACGAGAAGGCCAUGGCGGAGCUCACCGAGCAACUGAAGAAACUGGAAGAUGAGGCCGGGGAGGUCAUGAAGGCCUGUCAGGAGGCUGAGGCCGCGCUGCCUGAGGUGCAGGAGCAGUACCAGGGGGUGUUGAAGGAGAUAAAGGUCCUGCGGCAGCAGGAGCACGCCAUGCAGGAGGAGUCCCUCGGCGUCCGGCUGCGCAUCGAACAGAUCGAGACGACCCUCGCGGAGCACAACAACAAAAUCAAACACUGGCAGAAAGAGGCCACCAAGCUGUCCCUUCAUUCUAUUGAUGGAGAGCCAGCCGAGCAACUCCCCGUACUUACGGCCGCUGACCUCGAAGAAAUCUCCAAUCCCAACAUCAUCAUCAACAAGAUGAUCACUUUGGAGACCAAGAGUUCCCAGAUGAAGCCCAACCUCGGGGCCAUUGCUGAGUACAAGAAGAAGGAGGAGCUGUACCUGCAGCGCGUGGCUCAGCUGGACGAGAUCACGACAGAGAGGGACCAGUUCAAACGUGGCUACGAGGACCUGCGCAAGCAGCGCCUGAACGAGUUCAUGACCGGAUUCAACAUGAUCACCAACAAGCUGAAGGAGAACUACCAGAUGCUCACACUGGGUGGCGACGCAGAGCUGGAGCUUGUGGACAGCUUGGACCCCUUCUCAGAGGGCAUCAUGUUCAGUGUGCGUCCUCCAAAGAAGAGCUGGAAGAAGAUCUUCAACCUGUCGGGAGGGGAGAAGACCCUGAGCUCCUUGGCCUUGGUGUUCGCUCUGCACCACUACAAACCCACCCCGCUCUACUUCAUGGACGAGAUAGACGCUGCCCUGGACUUCAAGAACGUCUCCAUUGUGGCCUGUUACAUUUAUGAGCAAACAAAGAACGCUCAGUUCAUCAUCAUCUCCCUGAGGAACAACAUGUUUGAGAUCGCUGAUCGUCUCAUCGGCAUCUACAAGACUCACAACACCACCAAGAGCGUGGGAAUCAACCCCAAGACCAUCGUGUUCAAAGAGCACGGCGCCGUCACGGCGUGAACCCCUUCGCUACACACACACACCAUGUACAUAUUCGUUCUCUUAAUCUUGUCCUUCAUUAUGAAAUGCUGCUAUUCUUUGUAACUGUACUUUUACGAGAGAAGUAACCAAUAAAAUACUUUCUGGCUA